GCUUGUUGAUACAGCAGUGAAAACAUCUCGUAGUGGUUACUUGCAAAGAUGCUUGAUUAAAAACCUCGAGUGUUUGAAAAUUAGUUAUGAUCAUACAGUUCGUGAUGCUGAUGGCUCAGUCGUACAGUUUUACUAUGGAGAAGAUGGUGUGGAUGUUCACAGGACGAGCUUCAUUGCAAAAUUUGAACAACUGGCAAUGAAUCAAGACAUGAUUUACAAACAAUGUGGUAACCAGCUUGUCACAUUUAACUCUUAUGUUUCGGAAUUGCCGAAAGCUCUUAGUGAAAAAGCAGCCAAAUUCCUUGAUGAUUUCUCUUUGAUGGGGCGUGUAACUUCUAAUUUAGUGAAACAUGAGGAUUUAUAUAACUUAAUGAAGCAGAAGUUCCUCUUGAGUCUUGCACAGCCUGGAGAACCAGUUGGUGUGCUGGCUGCUCAGUCAGUAGGAGAGCCAUCAACACAGAUGACGUUGAAUACUUUCCAUUUGGCUGGGCGAGGUGAAAUGAAUGUCACCCUGGGUAUCCCACGUCUUCAAGAAAUCUUGAUGACUGCUGCAAGUAAUAUCAAAACACCAAUUAUCACCUGCCCCCUGCAAAAGGGAAGAACAAAGGAGGAUGCGGAACGUCUUGCUGAUAAGUUGAAGAAGGUCAGUGUGGCAGACAUAGUAGAGAGUAUGGAAGUAUCCGUCCUCCCAUUUGCUAUUCAGGGUGAUGGCAUUUGCAGAAUUUAUAAGCUUAAAAUGAAGCUUUACAGACCUGUACACUAUCCGCAAUAUGCUGAUGUAUCAGUAGAAGACUGGGAAGAGAUCUUAGAGGUGGAUUUUGUGAGGGACUUGGAGGAUGCUAUACAAAGUCAUAUUAUUCUGCUCUCUAGAAUUAGCGGCAUUAAAAAUAUUUCGGAAUCAAGUCGAAGGGCUUCAAAUGAUGCAGAAGAAGAUGUUUCUGGGGAUAGAACACGCAGGGAAGAAAAUGAAGGAGAUUUUUCUGGUGGCAGAUCACGCAGGGAAGACAACGAACAAGAUUUUUCUGGUAACAGAUUACACAGGGAAGAAAAUGAUGACAGUAAUGAGGAUGAUGAGGAUGAUGAUGGUGAAAGGGCUGAGGAUCUUGGUUUAGAUGCACAGAAAAGAAAGGUUCAAGCUACUGAUGAGAUGGAUUAUGAUGAUGGCAUUGAGGAACUGAAUGAAAGGGAAUCUACAGCUAGUGAGGAGUCUGGAUUUGAAAGCGAAAUUGAUCAGGGAGAUAAUGAGACUGAGACUGGUAAGGAUGCCAUGCUUGAUAACAAAGCUUCUGAAACUCCACUCCUUAGGAAGGCCUCCAAGUCUAAGUCGAAGGACAAAGCUACAGAAAGUCCAUCACAGGGUGAAACCCAUUCUAAGGCCAAGUCAAGGAAUAAGAAGAAACAAAAGGCGAAACGAACACACAGGCCAAAAUUAUCCAAAAAGGAAUAUGAUAGAGCAAUCUUUGUGGAAGCCAGAGAUAUGCACUUUGAGGUCCACUUCAAAUUCACCAAUGAACCUCAUAUUUUGCUAGCUGAGAUUGCUCAGAAGACAGCCAAGAAGGUCUACAUCCAGAACCCUGGGAGGAUUGAAAGAUGUCGAUUGACUACUUGCAAAGAGAAUCAAGUGAUUUACUAUGGGGAUGAUCCAAAGAAAAGGGUUGAUAUUAGUGCUAAAGAAAAAGAAAAUGUUCCUGCACUAGAAGCAACUGGGUUAGAUUUUAGUACUUUUUGGAAAAUGCAUGAUCACCUGGAUAUCAGGUAUAUUUAUUCCAAUAACAUCACUGCUAUGUUAACAACUUAUGGAGUAGAAGCUGCCAGGGAAACUAUCAUUAGAGAGAUAAACCAUGUAUUCAAGUCUUAUGGUAUAUCUGUUAGUACCCGGCACUUGUCACUUAUUGCUGAUUUUAUGACCCAUUCGGGUGGUUAUCGUCCAAUGAACCGUUUUGGGGGAAUAGCAGAGUCAAUAUCGCCUUUUAGUAAAAUGUCUUUUGAGACAGCUUCCAAAUUCAUUGUUGAAGCGGCGCUGCAUGGUGAAACUGAUAACUUAGAGACUCCAUCUGCUAGGAUUUGUCUUGGAUUGCCAGUGAAAAUGGGUACGGGUGCUUUUGAUUUGAUGCAAAAACUGGAAAUUUGAUGCGCAUUUCAAUUUUUUGAAGGAUUCUUAUUCUAAUUGCUUCUUGAUUCAUUAUAAAAUUACAUCUAUGUAUAUUUUUUGCCCCUAAUUUAUAUCACUGCAACAUCCAAGUUCUCUUUAUAUUUGAAUUUGAUAAAGUUGAUGAAAUUAAAGCUUUUAAAUUUCUUCAUGUCAA